AUGGUAUUUGGUGGACUCUUAAAUGGUGUUACUAUUACAUACGCCCAAGAAUUUCAAAGGCAAUUCCAGAGACAACACCCUGAGAUCAUUUUACACAAAUUUGUGUUAGACGACUAUCUCUUUGAUCUAUUUGGUUAUAUCGAUUUAUGCGACUUCGCCAACAAGUACAUUGGAUUCUUCAUUGUGUUGUUUGCAAUUCGAUUCAUACUUACUCGGGGAAGACUUGUUGUUCUGAGAAGAUACUUCUUCUUAAUGGGAAUCAACUUCCUAAUUAGAAGUGUCUGUUUGUACUUCACAUUAUUGAAUGAUCCAGCUCAUAGAGACUCCAGUGUUAAUACAAAUCCUCUGUUUGAAAGUGUAUUGAUAUCUGCUGGGACACAUGUGAGUACUGUUGAUAAAUUAUUUUCUGGUCACACAAGUUCAUUAACACUUGCUGGACUCUUCAUGGUUUCGUACAGUGAUAAAUAUCCACUUUUUGAUAACAAGAAAACUUCAAAACUGUUUUAUUUUGGUUUCAAUGUUGCUAUUUGUGUGUAUGUAGCUUGUGGGUGGUGUAUUUUUGCAAUUGCACGGAUGCAUUACUCGGUCGAUAUUUUUAUUGGACUUCUGUUUGCAUUCUUCAUAUUUGCGUUAUAUCACAAUUACAUCAAACUUGCACAGACAAGAAACAACUCCUUUAAUAAAUUCUUGAUCUGGUUCGAACAAGAUGCCGAUGACAUUCCAAUCAUUCAGUUUGUUGAAAAUCAAGAGCCAACAGUAUUCGGAAGUGAAAAUUUUAAAGAAGUGAUAAUCGAAAUGCAAGAAGUCAAAAGUGAAUCCUUCAAAGUUUUUCAAAACAAAGGUGAUGAUGAGAAAGAAAAUAAAAUCAAAGAAAUUCAAAAACAAAACACAAUUACUUUAGACAAUACUAAUGUUUCAAACAAUAUCUAA